AUGAAAAAAAAUUACCUUCGACCUGCUGCUUCAGUUUGCUUACCUUUCGCCUCCUGUGGUUCUCGCCCAUCUAAGAGCCGGCACUUUGAGGACAGAGGUCGUGUAUUGUCAGUCUGUGUGCUCACAACAAUCCUUGGUUGUAUAUUUGGUUUGAAGCCAAGCUGCGCCAAAGAAGUUAAAAGUUGCAAAGGUCGCUGCUUCGAAAGAACUUUUGGGAACUGUCGCUGUGAUGUUGCUUGCGUUGAACUUGGAAACUGCUGCCUGGAUUACCAGGAGACAUGUAUAGAACCAGAGCACAUAUGGACUUGCAGCAAGUUCAGGUGUGGUGAGAAAAGGUUGUCCAGAAGCCUCUGCUCCUGCUCAGAUGACUGCAGGGACCACGGUGACUGCUGCGUCAACUAUAGCCCUGUUUGUCGAGGUGAGAAAAGUUGGGUGGAAGAAACGUGUGAGAGCAUUAAUGAGCCACAGUGUCNGUAUAGAAACCCUGCUUCAUCAGUCAUUUCCUUGUUGCCCAGGUUUGAAAUGCCUCCUACCCUCCUAUUUUCUUUGGAUGGCUUCAGGGCAGAAUAUUUACACACCUGGGGUGGACUUCUUCCUGUUAUUAGCAGACUAAAAACCUGUGGAACAUAUGCUAAAAACAUGAGACCAGUUUAUCCAACAAAAACUUUCCCCAAUCACUACAGCAUUGUCACAGGUCUUUAUCCAGAAUCCCAUGGCAUAAUUGACAAUAAAAUGUAUGAUCCAAAAAUGAAUGCUUCCUUUGCCCUUAAAAGUAAAGAGAAAUUUAAUCCUGAGUGGUACAAAGGAGAACCAAUUUGGCUCACAGCCAAAUAUCAAGGCCUGAAGACUGCCACAUAUUUUUGGCCAGGCUCAGAUGUGGAAAUUAAUGGAAUUCUCCCAGACAUCUAUAAAAUAUAUAACGGUUCAGUACCAUUUGAAGAGAGAAUUUUAGCUGUUCUUAAAUGGCUACAGCUUCCUAAAGAUGAAAGACCACACUUUUACACUCUGUAUUUAGAAGAACCAGAUUCUUCAGGUCAUGCCUAUGGACCAGUCAGCAGUGAAGUCAUCAGAGCGUUGCAGAGGGUCGACAGCAUGGUCGGCAUGCUGAUGGAUGGUCUGAAAGAGCUGAACUUGCACCGGUGCCUGAACCUCAUCCUCAUUUCAGACCACGGUAUGGAACAAGGCAGUUGUAAGAAAUAUGUAUAUCUGAAUAAAUAUCUGGGUGAUGUUAAAAAUAUUAAAGUUGUAUAUGGACCUGCAGCUCGAUUGAGACCCUCUGAUGUCCCAGAUAAAUACUAUUCAUUUAAUUAUGAAGGCAUUGCCAGAAAUCUUUCUUGCCGGGAGCCAAACCAGCACUUCAAACCUUACCUAAAACAGUUCUUACCCAAGCGGCUGCACUUUGCCAAAAGUGACAGGAUUGAGCCCUUGACAUUCUAUUUGGACCCUCAGUGGCAACUUGCAUUGAAUCCUUCAGAAAGGAAAUAUUGUGGAGGUGGAUUUCAUGGCUCUGACAACAUAUUUUCAAAUAUGCAAGCCCUCUUUAUUGGCUAUGGACCUGGAUUCAAGCACGGCACUGAAGUUGAUUCUUUUGAAAAUAUUGAAGUCUAUAACUUAAUGUGUGAUUUACUGAAUUUGACACCUGCUCCUAAUAACGGAACUCAAGGAAGUCUUAACCACCUUCUAAAGAAUCCCGUUUAUACCCCAAAGCAUCCCAAAGAAGCCCGCCCCCUGGUACAGUGCCCCUUCACAGAGACCCCCAGAGAGAACCUUGGCUGCUCGUGUGACCCCUCGAUUUUUCCAGUCGUGGAUUUUCAGACACAGUUGAAUCUGACCGUGGCAGAAGAGAAGGUUAUUAAGCGUGGUGCUUUGCCCUAUGGGAGACCCAGAGUUCUCCAGAAGAACAGCUCUGUCUGUCUGCUCUACCAGCACCGGUUUGUGAGUGGUUACAGCCAUGACAUCCAAAUGCCCCUUUGGUCCUCCUACACCGUGGACAGAAAUGACAGUUUCUCUACAGAAGACUUUUCCAACUGCCUUUACCAGGAUCUUCGAAUUUCUCUUAGUCCUGUCCAUAAAUGUUCAUUUUAUAAAAAUAACGCUAAAAUGAGUUAUGGGUUCCUGUCCCCACCACAACUAAAUAAAGUUUCAAGUAAAAUGAAUUCUGAAGCAUUGCUUACUACUAAUAUAGUGCCAAUGUACCAGAGUUUUCAAGUUAUCUGGCGCUACUUUCAUGGCACCCUCCUGCCAAGGUAUGCUGAAGAAAGAAACGGCGUCAAUGUGGUCAGCGGCCCUGUGUUUGACUCUGACUAUGAUGGCCAUUAUGACGCCUCGGGGACUCUGAAGCAAAACAGCAGACUCAUCCAUAAUCAAGAAAUUUUGAUUCCCACCCACUUCUUCAUUGUGCUAACAAGUUGUAAAAAUACAUCCCAGACUCCCUCACAGUGUGAAAACUUGGACUCCUUAGCUUUCAUUUUGCCUCACAGGACUGAUAACAGUGAGAGCUGUGUGCGUGGGAAGCAUGAAUCCUCAUGGGUUGAAGAGUUGUUGAAAUUACACAGAGCUCGGAUCACAGAUGUUGAACAUGUCACUGGACUCAGCUUCUAUCAAGAAAGAAAGGAGCCAAUUUCAGACAUUUUAAGGUUGAAAACACAUUUGCCAACCUUUAACCAAGAAGACUGAUAUUUUUUUUAUUCCAAAAACACGCCAUAAAUAUAUUUGAAAGAACCUUCUAUUUUAUACAGUCCUCUGUUCACAUUAUUGCAUUGUUUGGAAACUGUCGACCAGAGUUAGAACUGGGACUCCUCUGUGAUAUAACCAUCUCAGGGAAACGUGUGGCCUCAGCGUAGCAGUAGGAAAGUGUUCCUAUUAAGUCUCACACAUGUUUGAAUGUGUAAGAAUUGUUCAAAUUUGGGAAUAAAGAUAGACCAAACCUAAAACUGCUCUUCUACUUCUCUUAAAGGCAGAAGUAGCCUGUGAACAUUGUCUGGAUACCAGAUAUUCAAAUCUUAUUAUCAUUAAUAAACUUUUAUGGAGCUGGCAACACCAGCUGUAUGGAUAGGAUUGGCAUAAUCCAUGUUAUGUUAGUGUCAUCACAAGAAUUUCUUGCUUCUUUUAAAGGUGGAUUUUGAAACUUCACUUAUUUUAGUUUUAAUCAGAAAAAAAUUAAUGGAAACAAAAUAUUUCUGAGGUUCUCAAAAGCCAAAAUAUGUAAUCCUGUGUUGUUGAUUGUUAUUAUGAUUGAGCUUCUUCAGAUUUAGUGGCUUUAAUAAGUUAAACUUUGAGGGAAGAUCUGUGAAUUGAGUACAUGGAUAUUUAUAAAAUUUUGCUCUACAUUUGUACCGAAAAAGAAAAAUAUUCCCAUCCUACUCACUGGUAAUUAACACAGGUUGAGAACAGCUCUCAGAGUGUUUUUUUUAGACUGUUAAAAAUGUCUUAUCUUCGUGAAACUUCAGAGAACCAGUCAACUCAUGCAAGGUGGCAUUUUUCAUCGAGAUGGUAGGAAUGUUUUCCUCUGUAUACAAAAAUGACCCACCAGCAACUCUUCUGUGCUGAGCUGUUCAUUUAGAAGUUCCAUAGAUUUGAAGAGAACAUGUUACCAGCCCUUCAUAUCUAUGUGGUGGUCAUGAUAAGUGAACUUGAUUUAUUCAUUGCAUAGACUAUAUCCUUUAGUGCCAACCUGUGAAUCUUCAAAGGCUACAUUCAUUUUUAGGCUACCUGGGUCUAAUUUAGGUGUUCUAUUAGUGCACCAAAGAUUUGUAUUUGUCCUUCAGAUGACAAUUAUUUUCCACAGCCUCGGGGCCACAGAGGCCUUUAGAUAAUACAAUUUGCAUCUGAAAAUUGUUUAAUAAUUAAGAAGUGUCAUUGGUUUUUGUUUUAAUCCCACAGAUCUCCGAAGCUCAGUACAUUAUUUUUUAUUUAAAAAAAAAAAUUAUAUUUUCUCUUGUUUCAAAUUGGGUAAUUUCUAUCGUUCUUUCUUCAAGUUCACUGAUUCUUUUCUCUGUCUAAUCCAUUAUGCUGUUGAGCUCAUCCAUUGUUUUUAUUAGUAUUUCAGUUAUUGUAGUAUUAUUUCUAAAAUUUUCACUUGGUUCUUCUUUAUAUCUUUUAUUUCUUUCCUGAUAAUUUUUCUCUUUGCUGAGACUAUUUUUUUUCAAGAAUGUUUGUAAUUGCUCACUGAAGCAUUUCAAUGAUGGCUGCUAUGAAAUCUUUGUCAGAUAACUCUGACAUAUGUGUCAUCUUUAUCUUGGCAUCUAUCGUCUUUUUUUCAUUCAAAAAGAUUGUCCUGUUUUUCAGUGUGAUGAAUGAUUUUCAUUUGAAAUCUGGAUAUUGUAGGUACUACAUUAUAUGACUAUGGACCUUCUUUAAACCUGCUGUUUCAGCUGAUUUUCUCUAAUACCUAGCAGGGGAAUUGGGGCACUGACUCAUUAUUGAUAGGUGUGUUCCCUACUCAGCCUCCAUUGACACUUGGGGUGAGAGGGAGCCCUUGUUGCUACUGGACAUGGUGUGAAUUCAGCUCCCUACUGGACCUCCCUUGAUGCCUCCCUGUACUGCCCCCACAUGGUGUCCACAGGGAUGGCAGGGGAAGCUUUAUUAUCACCAAGUGGGAAUGAAAUUACCAGUCCUCUGCUCAGCCUUCUCUAACACCACCCUGGCAGGAGACUUGGGGCACCUGUUCGCAGCCUGACAGGGAUGGAAGUCUAGGCUCCCCACUGUGUCUUUGCUGGCAUGGGGGGGUCAUGGUCUUUUCUGUGGUGUUUGGCUGAAGUGGAGCAGUUACUGUUUUUUUCUCUUGCUAGGCUAUUCUUCUGUUCCUUUGGCUAGAGAGAGAGAGUUCAGGCCAUUUUUAGGGCUUCUUUUUUGUCUGUACUCAGCUUUUCCAGGUUGCGACUUUGUCACUUCCAAGUCUGGGAUAUGUGAGCUAAAAAUAAAACUCAGGAACUCAUCACCAUGCCGUUCCUUGGGUCCCAAGUACUCUAGUCUGCCUGUCUUCUUUCCAGCUUUCAGAAUCUUCCUGUUUGUUUUAUAUAUAAUUACCAAGCUUUUAAUCUUUACUUAGCGGAAGGAUAUCUACUUCUUCGUAUAAGUGUCUCAUUGAUUUUUAUCUGUUCUUCAAAACACACGCAGACACACGAUUACCUCUACGUGAGGCAUCUUAGCAGAUCUUAAUUAAAUAGACAGAUGCCUCUCACCUUUGCCAGACACAAGUAAUACAAAGAAAAACAAGUUACAAUACCUAGCGUCUUGGAGAGAGAAAAGAGGCAGCCCGGGUGUAAAUGAUCCCUAAAAAGUGGUAAAUGUUGUAAUGGAGCCAUAGGUGCCAAGGCACACAAAGGAGGCACUAGGUGCUGCUUGGCAGUAUUAGCGGUGCCUUCCCACAGAUGGUGACAUUCGGGCUGGGACUUGAAGGAUCAACUGGAGCUCUGCAGGUGAACAGAUGAGGAAAGACAAUGUAGCCUCCCUUGGCUUGGAUGGAUAUAUUUUUGACAUUAUGCCAUUUACUGCUACUUCUGAUAUUUUCUACAAGUAUCACUGUGGCCAACUUCUACAAUUAUUUUAUUUUUCUUGCUUUGUUAUAAUAAUUGCCCGUUCUUAAAGGAAAUGUCAGACUAUAAAUUCUGCACUAACUUUAAAGGAAAUGGCAUCCAUAUCUGUUUCGACUUAGCUUUUUUUCCCAGUUGUUCUUAUACAGUAUUCCUUUUUUUCUUGCCUUGUCUUGAAAGAGAUCCCUCCUUUCACUAUUUCAUCAAUUUAAAACGUGUAACUAGUUAGCACUUCCCCUAUUUGAAUGGUGAAUUCACAUGACCAUAUAUGGAAACUCUCUUACUUUCUUCAGUAAAGGCUAUUCUUCGCUUCUGAAACGCUAAGCUAAACUUUUAUUUAUCCCCAAUUUUACUGCCAUGCCUAUGGUCAGUAUUUCUUAAAUGAGGUAAGUAACUUCCAUAUAAAAUUACAUAGCUAGUCAAUUUAUGCAUCACAGGCAAACCACCAAGUGAAACUUAAAAGUACUUUCAAAAUAUCAGAGGAAAGAGGGUAAACCUUAGGGGGAAGAAGAUGCAUGUUCAGGUUCCAGUGGGGUAAGUAGAUAUGUAGAGGACUGUUAAGCCAGUUGGCCUGUUCCUGUUUAAGGAGAUAAGACAGGGAAGGAGCUGAGCCACCUACUUCCACAGAAGACACUCUUACCCCUUUGACAUUUUUCUCUCAUUUACUCAAUAACUGUGAUGCCCUGCUCUGUGGGUACAUGCUUAUCUAUAAUAGAAAAUUGCAUUUGAACUUUGAAACUAAAUAUGAUUGCACUUCAUGCUGAAGCCUAUCACAGGAAUUUGGUGUGUGGGUGCUUUCACGAGCAUUGAGUAAAAUUUAUCAUGGCUAAAGUCCAAGGACAUUCUCCCUGGAUUUUUGGCCAGUUUCAGUAUUUUAAGGUAGGAAAAAGAAAUCUACAGAAUAUAAGAGUCUCUAAGCUAAAAAAUGUGGAUGUACAAAUAAAAGUUGUAUUUACAGAA